AUGCCUGGGUUCUCAGAUUCCUUCUGGACUCCCGACUAUGCGACUGGCUUGGGAGUCCUCUACGGGAAGCUGCAGCAGGGUGUGAUUGAAAACAAACAGAUUCUCACCAUUGCGACCAUGCGGGCAGAUGCGGAAGAGCAAUAUGGCGUCCGUAUGGGUGAAAUUGCUCCGAGCGUGGAUCGCAUGUCAACCCUAGGAUUCGGAAAAGAUGAUGGAGCCAGCGUUCGCAAGGCUUACGAAGGUGUCCGAACGGAAAUGGUGGAGGCCGCACGCAAUCACCAGAAGAUCGCCAGUAAUAUUCGCGAGCUUGUCGUGGCUCCUUUCCGCCGCUGGAGCGACCAACAUGAAUACCGCGUUCAGGCCUCCCACGACAGUCUUCAGGCAAGGAUCAAGGAACACACCAAGCAGGUGGAUGUGGUCAAGAAGCUGCGCAGUCACUAUUUCAACAAGUGUCGGGUCGUCGAGGACUUGGAAGAGGAAAACAAGCUCGCCUUUCAGGAUCCUGACACGAGCCCCAAGCCAUUGACCACGCCCAAGAUUGUGUUGCCAACGCCCGAGGACGAGCCUGAGGAAGAUCCCUAUGAGAUUGGAGAUCGAAUCUACUCACCAGAGGAGAUUAAGCGGCUUCUUACUCACAUGCUGAACAAUAUCAGGCUGGGGGAGGCCAAGGUUCCGAUCAUUGGCACAUAUCAAAAUACCUCAACUGGUGCGGAGAUUGUGGACUAUAUUCAAAAGAACAUGGGAGCGACCAACCUCGCCCAGGCCGAGCUUAUUGGUCAGGAUCUUGUGGACAAUGGGUUCCUCCGUUUGAUUGGAAACAUGGGUAGCACAUUCGCGAAUAGUUCAAAGAUGAACUAUCAAUGGCGUCCCAAGGUGUUCCAAAUCACCGGUAUCCCCGAGAAGAAGAAACCGCUCAUGCGCGUCACGUCCGUAGCCUCCAGUGAGGACGGCAGCGGUAACGAAUCGCCCAUCGCCUCUGUUCAGGAGAUGUUGGCUGGGUGGAAUCCCCUCAAUAACCCGUACCCGAACGAGACGCCGGCUGAGAAAUUGCGAAGGGAAGCGUUCGAGGCUGAUGAGAAAUACAAGGCUGCGGUUCGAAGACUGGAUCAGAUCCGGUGCCGCAUGGAGGAGGAAAUCAUCGACAACCUGCGAUUCAUGGAGCAGUGUGAGCUCGACCGUCUCAAGGCUAUCAAGGCCGUGGUGCUCGACUUCUCCGGUGCAAUCAGCAAUGUCAUCCCCAACUUGCAAAGCACGGUUGAUCACAUGAUGCUCUACCAGGAGACCAUCCAGCCUCUGGGGGACCUGCGCUACUUGCUCGAGAAUUAUCGGACUGGCGGUUUCGUCCCCCGUGUCCAGGCAUACGAAAACUACUACGGCUCUGUUGAGGAGCAAAACUUUGGCGUGGAUCUUGAGGCCCGCGCUCGUGUUGAUCGCAAGCGUGUGCCUAUUCUGGUAACCACCAUCUUGACCUAUCUGGACAAUGCCUAUCCGGAACUGGAAGGAGAUGAGGCUCGGCGCGCGAUCUGGCUUCAUAACCCUCCUCUUGCCCAGACCCACCAGUUGCGGAAUGCCCUGAAUAACAGCAAGGUCGACUACCGCGAAAUUCUUCCCAAAUUUGAGAUACCCAUUGUUGCCAGCGUUCUGAAAUUGUACCUUCUUGAACUGCCAGAUUCUCUUGUUUCUUCACAAGUAUACGAAAUUGUCAAAACGAUUUACUCAACCACUGCUCACGAGACCACGGAAGAGGGACGGAUCAAGGUGCUCCAGAGUACUCUUGGACAGCUCCGUCUCGUCAACAUUGCCACGCUUGAUGCCAUCAUGACCCAUUUCACCCGUUUGAUUGAUUUGACCUCCGCCGAGGAGCAGUACAUCGCUGCUCUGGCCCAAACCUUGUCUCCUUGCGUCCUUCGACCCCGUAUCGAGAGCAGUCUCACCAUGGAUGAACGCCACAGUUACCGGCUAAUUCGCGACCUCUUUGCUCACAAAGACGCCAUCUUCGGUGAGUUGAAGCGUCAAUCGAGUGCUCUUGGUAUUUCCUCCUCUAGCCGCCCUCGCGCUAUCAGCACCGAUGAGAGCAACCGCCGGGCUGCUAUGGAAGCCCGCCAGCGAGCAAUUGUCAACCGCAGUCGCGCAACAAGCCCUGCUCCCGGCCCCAGACAUCGCCGGGAUCGCUCAAGUGGCGCUUCCGCAGCUACUCGCUUCCCCAUCAACGUGACAAGCCCCACAGAUCGUUCUCGGACUCCGGCGCGGACCAGCGCUAGCCUGGAUGUGCCGCCCAAGAGUGAAUCACCUACUACCGCUGAGCACGCCUCCGCGCCGGCGCCCGAGCCCGCUGAGCCUGCCACCAACGGUGCAGCUGUUGAGUCUCCAGACUCUGUAGCCUCCACCGCUUCGUCUGGUACAUCCAGCCCACCACCACCUCCCGAGACUGGCUCUGACGACUCCCCGACCCCCACUCCGACUCCUGCUCUGGCAUCUUCCGAGUUCGACAAGCGCAGCUCCAUUCCUCGGUCCAUGGCUGGUCGAUACACUCGGAAGCCUGGUCUUGGUAGUGUGUCAAGCUUCCCCAUCGGAGCAGGGGCAUCCAGUGCCUCGGAGUCGGAUAGCAAACGGAGCAGUUUUGCCGAGACGGAACCAAAAGGGGUGACUUUGGAGGAUAGACCGAUGGAUGAUUGA